GAGAUUCAAAACUGGCUUCCCCGCUGCUGUCAUCCAAGGUAUAUGGAAACACUCCUGUGGAAGACAUGAUGAGGAAGGUCCGCAUUCUUAUCCCCCUGCUGCUCCUCCUUCUCCCUGUGUGUUGGACGCUUUUUGACCCCAGAGUUGAUGUGUUUAUUCAUUACUCAUACUAUAUAAAUUGGGAACAAGCACAGGCCGAGUGCAGGAACAAGCACAUUGAUCUUGUCACCAUCAGAGAUGAAAGUGAGAAUGUGCUUAAAUUCCGAGGCUGGAUCGGUUUGCACAAACAGAAUUCUGUCUGGAGAUGGUCUAUGGGAGACAAGAGAGCCAACUACACUAUCUGGAGAGGAGAUGAUCCAGACAUUGGUGAGCACUGUGUUUAUACGAGGCAUGAUGAAUUCGAAUGGCAAAGUGAUAACUGUGACGUACACCGCAGUUACACGUGCUAUGACCAGAGGAUGAUUCUGGUGAAGGAGAAGAAGACGUGGGAGAAGGCAUUAGAACACUGCAGGGCUCUGGAGCCACUGGAUGCAACUAAGCCAGCCACUGACAACAACAACAACCGCUAUGACCUUGCCACCUUGCUCACUGAAGAUGACUACUCCUUCGCACAAGAUAAGGCAAUAGAGAACGGAGAAGGGGUGUGGAUUGGCCUGCGCUUCCUGGCUGGUCAGUGGCUGUGGAUUGGUAGAGAACCAGUGGAGGACAUGAAUAUUACCUUCUGCCUGAAGUCACAGUUCUGUGGCAUCAUGGAGUCGACUGGCUUCAGUUUACAAGACUGCGAGCUGGAAAGGAGCUUCCUCUGUUACACAAAGCAUAUAAUAACUUCUCAAAGAGAUCAAACUGAAAUUCCUAUAGUUUAAAGACGGUGUACAGGCAAUUCUGAGAUUUCUUUCCAAAGUACA